AUGGCGCCCAAUCCAACAGACGUCAGUGUGGUGCAGCAGCAGCCUACAAAGGGUGUUUUUCGCCAAUUUCGCGAAAACCCCUACAUCUUUGGUCUCUCGGCUUUUGCUUCUCUCGGUGGAUUUCUCUUUGGCUAUGACCAAGGUGUUGUCUCAGGUGUCUUGGGGAUGGAGAAUUUCGGUGCGCUCUUCCCAAGAAUCUAUCUGGACAGUGGAUUCAAGGGCUGGUUCGUCUCUACGCUGCUUCUGACAGCAUGGUUUGGCUCCCUGAUGAACGGCCCUAUUGCGGAUCGCUUUGGCAGAAAGGGCUCGAUGAUGGCUGCUGUUGUGGUUUUCCUUCUUGGAUCUGCUCUGCAGUCUGGCGCAACCUCAAUCGGCAUGCUCUUUGGUGGACGAGCUAUUGCUGGUCUGUCAGUUGGUAUGCUUACCAUGAUUGUGCCCAUGUAUAUGUCGGAAGUUUCCACAGCUGGUAUUCGAGGAACGCUGGUUGUGCUACAGCAGUUGAGCAUUACUCUGGGUAUUCUUGUUAGUUACUGGCUCGAAUACGGCACCCAGUACAUUGGUGGCACUCGCUGUGCCCCCGACAUUCCUUACUCAGGUGGCACUCCUGAUAAGCCUACCUUCGACCCCCGAAACGAUGUUGGACCCAACGGCUGCACUGGACAGAGCCAAGCCGCAUGGAGAGUCCCAUUCGCCCUGCAAAUCGUACCUGCACUUAUCCUAGGCAUUGGAAUGAUCUUCUAUCCCGAGUCCCCACGCUUCUACCUCAUGCGAAAGAACGAAGAGGCAGCCCUUCGCUCAUUGGCCCGCCUCCGUCGCGUCCAUCCCGAUUCCGAGUCCCUGAGGGAAGAGUAUCUCUCUAUUAAAGCCGAGGUUAUGUUUGAUGAGGCUCAUUCGCGAGAGCAUUACCCCGGCAAGAGUGGUGUCAGCCUCUUCUUCUCCGAAUACUAUGGUCUCCUGUCAACUUGGCCCAGCUUCAAGCGUGUGUUUAUUGGAAGCGCCAUCAUGUUUCUGCAACAGUUCCAGGGAUGUAACGCCUUGAUUUACUACGCUCCGACCAUCUUUGCACAGCUGGGACUAUCUGGAAACACCACAUCGCUUUUGGCAACUGGUGUCUAUGGCAUUGUCAACACUCUCAGCACCUUACCCGCCCUCUUCCUCAUCGAUCGAGUUGGAAGACGACCCUUGCUCAUGUGCGGCGCUACCGGAACGUUUAUUUCCCUCAUCAUCGUCGGAGCUAUUGUUGGCAAAUACGGUGCCGCCCUUGGCGACCACAAGGUCCCAGGAGGAGUUGCAAUUGCCUUCAUCUACAUCUACGACGUCAACUUCUCCUAUUCCUUUGCUCCAAUUGGAUGGGUGUACCCAUCGGAAAUCUUCAACUUGGGCAGCAGAUCCAAGGCCAUGGCUAUCACCACCAGCUCAACUUGGAUGUGCAACUUCAUCAUUGGACUUGUCACUCCCGACAUGCUCGAAACUCUCAAGUGGGGAACAUACAUCUUCUUUGCGGCUUUCUGCUUGAUCGGCCUGGUAUUCACAUACUUUUGCGUGCCCGAAACUAAGGGCCGCACGCUGGAGGAUAUGGAUCGCGUCUUUGGCGAUGAAACCGCGUUGCAGGAGAAGGAAAGGCUGUUUGCCAUUGCUGCCUCUCUGGGCUUGACGGCAUCGAUUCCGCCGGAGAAGACGGAGGCCAUGACCGCUGAGGCUGAGGAAUACGUCUAA